AUGCCACCCUUGCUUGCAAUACCCGGAGACAUCUCUCCUGUUGCCAAGCCUCUGAGUGUCGCGGUUGGUGAAAAGGAUAGCAUGCUGGAUAUGAAGUCAGUGGAGCAGAUUCGAGACACUUUGAACAAGACCGGUGUGCCGACCGAGGUAAAGGUGUAUGACGAUCAGGUGCACGGGUUCGCACUACGCAGUGACUGGAGCAGUGACAAGGACAAGCAGGCCAUGAAUGAUGCCGAGAAGCAGGGCAUUGAAUGGUUCAAGAGGUAUCUGUCUUGA